GUAGUUUAUCGUUUUUAUUUUUCGCAAAUCUCGACCCUUUAGCCUCGUGAACCCCAAGAAACCCUAGCUCUCACUCUCUCUCUCUAUCUAACACGUCGCUCACGGUAAAAAGAAAUUAAAUUCAAAAAAUUCGAAAAUCAACCGAAAAAUCGACUAGGGUUUCAAAUCGAACUCUUUUUGUGAGAUUCGAACUCCCAAAUCGAUUCUCUCUGCGUUUGAUCUUCGCAAUUCCAUGGAUGCGUUGGCGUUUGGUUUGUUUGAUUGAGAUCUGAAAAUUUGGGUAUGUGUACUCAUGAUGGGAUAUGAAAAUUGGGGAUUUUGGUUUGGGGUGUUUGGAUUGAGGAAUUGUUAAUGGAAAAUAGCGCGGGAAAGUCUGGUGGUGCUGAAAUUUCCAGGAAAACUAGAUCUUUGGAUAUUCAGAGUCUGUACAAAUCUACAGUUUCGAAAAAGGAGAGGAAUAACAAGAGGAAGAUUGGCGUAGAGACUGAUGGUGAGGUUAGGAAGAAGAAGAAGAGUAGGAAAGAAGUGUUACUGAGUAGUUUUGAGCAGGCGGGCAAGAAAAGGAGCACGUUGGAUAAAGUCUAUGGUGAUGGGGUGAGUUCGGAUUUGCCUGAUUCAGAGAGGUCGCAGUCGGGGUUGAGUCAGAAAUUGGAUAGCAGUAGUGGGUUCAACAGCAUUUCGCUUAAUUUGGAUGAUAGUGGUAAUGUUAUUCAAAUUCCAAAGCGCUGCAGAGACUUUGUGGUGCACAAGAAAUCUGAAAGCAAUCAAGUAUCAAGGCCAUUGGGAUCUUUGUCUAGUAGAGUCCAUGGUUCUGUUGAUCAGACUGUCAAGUUAAAUGGGGAGUGCAAGACAUUGGAGGGCAAUCAAGGUUUGAGGAGGUUGUGGCCUCCUGGUGGUAAAGCCAGUUCCACCAAUCAGAUAGCCAAGUUAAAUGAUGAUUCUUCUGGUGAAGUUGUUUCUCCAAAGAAGGUUAAGGGGAAGUUGGGAUUUGAUGAUUUGAAGGAAAAUAGGAGGGGGGUGAGUUCAGCUCAGCUUGCUAAGGAGGAAGAUGGUCAUUUGUCUGUAAAUAGUGGUGAUGCAUCUUCUAGAAAGUGCCGCAGCAAUCAUAGGAAAAGGAAGAACUCGGCAUCAGGUGGUGAAAACCUUGAAAAGAAGGUUGAGCUUCUGGUUGAUAGCUCGAUCAAGGUAUGUGAUGAUUCCCAAGACGACAAUGAGGACAACCUUGAACAGAAUGCAGCAAGGAUGCUCUCUUCUCGAUUUGAUCCAAACUGUACUGGAUUUUCUUCAAAAAACAGAUCUUCUGGAUCACCAAGUGCAAAUGAUGAGUUGUCCAUUUUCAUCCAUUCUGAUGAUGAUUUUGGUAGUCGGGGAGCAAAUCUGUUGGUUGGGUUGGAGUCGGCAUAUGUAGAUACUGCUAACAGAGUAUUGCGGCCAAGGAAACAGCACAAAGAAAAGGUUUUUUUGAGGAAACGACGCCAUUUCUAUGAGAUUCUUUCCAGGGAGUUGGAUGCAUACUGGGUGUUGAACAGGAGAAUCAAGGUAUUUUGGCCGUUGGAUGAGAGUUGGUACUAUGGCCUUGUGAGUGAUUACGAUCCUGAAAGAAAGCUUCAUCAUAUCAAGUAUGAUGAUCGAGAUGAAGAAUGGAUUAACCUUCAAAAUGAGAGAUUCAAACUCUUGCUUCUCCCCAGUGAAGUUCCUCGUAAGACACAGCCAAAAAGAGCUACCAUGGGAAAGAAGUACAAUGACCAGGAAAAAAGAGACUUGGCUACUGAUGAUGAUAGCAUUAUAGGUAGCUAUACAGACUCAGAGCCCAUCAUCUCAUGGCUGGCUCGUUCUUAUCAUCGGGUCAAAUCUUCUCUCGUUUCAAAAAGACACAAAACAUCUCAUUUCUCACCAAAUUCUGUGCCACUCGUGUUGUCUACCAAGACUGAUGGUGCGUGUGGGUGUUUGGACAUGGGUUCCUCUGAAAGGGAUAUGAACAAACUAUCUUGGAAUUCUAUGCUGUCAGACAGAUUCAUUGAUACUGGCAGGGGUGAUAAGUCUGUGUUGGAAGGCACUAGUAGCUCCAGAAAUGGCAAAUUACCUGUUGUUUAUGUCAGAAGGCGCUUUCGGAAGAAAGACGAUGGAUUGUUUAAUGCAUUUGAGGAUGGCCAUGGAUGUGGAAGUGCACCUGUUUCUAUUGCCUCUGUUGUUGAGGGCUUCCAUGCUUCUAGAGAAUAUGAUAUUUCUCCUGGACACAUGGAAUCUGAGGGGUUAUUGUGGUCGGUUGAUAAUUCAGGCUUGUUAAAAUUGAUUAUUCCCGUGGUUGAAUUUAAACAAUUUAGGUUUGAGUUAGGCUCUCCAGUUCCUGUCCAGUGGUACACAUUUGAAGCAGAGAACUCCUGGUUGCUCCGCACUGUAUUACUGCUUAAUUAUGGUACUGUUAUGAUUACGUGGCCUAAGGUUCAUCUGGAGAUGCUUUUUGUUGAUAAUAUUGUUGGAUUGAGGUUUCUGUUGUUUGAAGGUUCCUUGAAACAGGCUGUGGCCUUUGUUUCACUGGUCCUAACAGUAUUUAAUCAACCAAAUGGACAGGGAAAGUAUGUUGAUGCGCAAAUGCCAGUAACUUCAAUCAGGUUUAAACUUUCUUGUGUCGAAGAUUUUAGAAAGCAGCAUGUGUUUGCAUUUUAUAGCUUCUUCAAAGUGAAAUAUUCAAAGUGGUUGUACCUAGAUUGUAAGCUGAAGCGACAUUGCUUGAUCACUAAGCAACUACCUCUUUCUGAGUGCACAUAUGAUAGCAUCAAGGCACUGGAGGGUGGUAGUAAUCAGCUACCCAUAAGUUCUAGUAGCAGGGAGUCCUCAGCAUUUGAGGGCUUAUGGAAGAAGUCUAUGCGGAGUAUUAUGCCCAUGGGUGCUUUCAGAGAGUCUUGCAGUGUAGCUAUGAACCAGUUGUCUAACUUGGACGCUAAGCAUGGAAAACUUCUUCCAUUUGCUCUUUCUUUUGCUGCUGCACCUACUUUCUUCCUUAGCCUGCAUCUCAAACUGCUUAUGGAAAAUAGUGUUGCCUCCAGCAGUCUUCAGGAUCAUGAUUUAAUACAUUCACUUGAGCAUUCUGAAAAGACAGGCCAUCCAAUUGCAAAUGUCUCACAGUUGGUGACUGACACGAUCUCAGAAUGCAAUGAUGGUGGUCGUGUCAGAUCAUUUCAGAAUUUCCAAAAUGGCAAGUGGAAUUUUGCUAGAACUUCUGCCUGCUCCAGAGAUCCUGGAGAAAACGCAAGUGAUGUAAUUGUGCAAUCAAAGAAGAUGGAAUGCAGCAGUCCAGAAUUGGAACAAUUGGUUACAUUGCCACAGCCUUUGGUUGCCAAUGAUCAGGUGUCUGUGGGCAUGUCUGAUGCUAGGUAUUACUCUGGUUUGACUGGUUUGAGAGUUGAAAUUCCAUCACUGGACCAAGUUGAAAGGUCCGUUGUUGGUAAAACACCCACUUCCACACAAUCUGAUGAUAUGGCUUGGAAUAUGAGCUAUAGCAUUGUCCACAGUCCCAACCCCACUGGUCCUACAAGUAUGGGGAAUCACAACAGGAAUAGCUCAAGUUCUUCAUUUGGAGAUGUAUUCCAUGCGUGGCCUGAUGGAAAGGCAGACUUCAUGCGCAAUGGCUUUGGCAAUGGACCGAAGAAGCCACGAACUCAGGUUCAAUACACUUUGCCUUCUGGAGGUUUAGAUUUUAACUCAAAGCACAAAAUGCAUAACCAGAGAAGGCUUCCUUACCAACGAAUUAGGAAAGCUAAUGAGAAGCGGGCAUCAGAUGGUUCUAGAAAUUCUCGUAGAAACCUGGAGUUGUUGUCUUGUGAUGCAAAUGUGUUGAUCACAAUUUGGGAUAGAGGGUGGAGAGAAUGUGGGGCACGUGUUGUGUUGGAACUUGCAGACCACAAUGAGUGGAGACUUGCAGUUAAACUUUCUGGGACUACGAAGUAUUCAUACAAAGCACAUCAAUUUCUGCAGCCUGGGUCAACAAACCGCUACACACAUGCUAUGGUGUGGAAAGGAGGAAAGGAUUGGGUCUUGGAGUUUCCUGAUAGGAGCCAGUGGAUGCUUUUCAAGGAGAUGCAUGAAGAGUGUUAUAAUCGGAACGUCCGUGCUGCUUCAGUCAAGAACAUCCCUAUUCCUGGAGUUCACCUGAUAGAGGAAAGUGAUGAUAAUGGAACAGAAGUGUUAUUUGUUCGCAGCUCCCCCAAAUACUUUCGGCAGAUUGAAACUGAUGUUGACAUGGCUAUGGAUCCAUCGCAUAUUUUAUAUGACAUGGACAGUGAUGAUGAGCAGUGGAUUUCAGAAAAUCAAAAGUCUUUGUGUGGACAAGGGAGUCAAUGUGAAGAGGUCUCUGAAGAAUUCUUUGAGAAGACGAUGCACAUGUUUGAGAAAGUUGCAUAUGCCCAUAAGUGUGAUCACUUUACAUCUGAAGAAAUUGAAGAGUUCAUGGCUGGAGUUGGGCCUGUGGAAGCAAUUAAAAUCAUCUACAAGCAUUGGCAACUGAAGAGGCAGAUGAAAAGGAUGCCAUUAAUUCGACAUCUCCAGCCUCCAUUGUGGGAAUGGUAUGAGCAACAAGUGAAAGAGUGGGAGCAAGCAAUGACCAAGGCCAACAGGGCUCUCUCCAAUGGAUGCCAGGAGAAGGCUUUACCCAUGGAUAAACCACCCAUGUUUGCUUUCUGUUUGAAACCUCGUGGUUUGGAAACGCAAAAUAAAGGUUCAAAACACAGGUCACAUCGGAGAUUUCCAGUUUCUGGGCACAACCAUACUUCUCCGGGUGAUCAGGAUGGUUUUCAUGCUGUUGGGCGAAGAUUGAAUGGAUUUGCUUUUGGAGGAGAUGAGAAGGUUAUGUUUCAGGGAUAUAGCCAUGAACCUUCAGAUGCUUCCCCAUCGUUUCAGGCAUCAAGGUCAUUCACACCACGGGAUAGUGGCUUUGGAAACUUCUCAUUGAGUAGUGACUGGUCUGAGUGGAAUCAUCACCCAAAACUUCACAGGAACAAAUCGAAGAAAAUUGGGACAUUUCUGCCCCCAAAUAAUUCACUAAUGGUGGCUUCGUACAAUCAGAGGACAACAAUAGGAAAGAAAAAUGGGGUUCAUCGGUGGAAUAUGGGCUUGCCCGAGUGGCCAAGUCAAAAGCACUACCAAUCAGAAAUAUCUCUGGGGCAUGGCAUUGAACUUUUGGACGGUUCAGAUCUUGAUGAGUUCAGGUUGCGUGAUGCAUCCGGUGCAGCUCAGCACGCGCUUAACAUGGCUAAGCUCAAGAGGGAAAAAGCUCAGAGAUUGCUUUACAGAGCCGAUCUGGCAAUUCACAAGGCCGUGGUUGCACUCAUGACCGCUGACACAAUCAGAGCUUCUUUUGAGCACUCGAAUGGUGAUGGGUAGAUGAAUGACAUUGAGUCAACAUUGUUUUUUUAGCUAAGAGUGGCUCUGGUAUUUCUUUUGUCAAUGGUGGCACAGCCUUUCAUCAUUGUCUGUAGAUUCCAAAGUGAACUUCUUACAUUGAUGUCUAUUGCGGGCAGUCAAGAUGAGCGAAACUGUUGUUUCUACCAUUCAUCGCAUCGUCGUUAUCAAGGCAGGUUUUGGUACAUAACUUCCUGGUUCUACACACUAGUUCUUUUUCCAAGCAUUGGGUUUUCUGUGUGCAAUGCGACUCACUUGUGCUGGUAAGGGGUGUGUGGAAUUUUGGUGCCGAUCAUUGUACAGAUUUUUUUCACCCUCUCCUCUUUGUUCCUUUUUAUGUCUUAACCUCAGUUUAAGUGUUUGAUAUUGAAGGAGCAAUUGGCCCAAAUAAUAUGACACACCUCAUGAAAUUCAAAGUACAGAAUCAAAUGUAGAGCAUGUACCAACCAGAGCACCUGUUGUCCCUAGAAAAAGAUGAGAGGAAAAGAAAUGCUGUAAGUAAAAUUAAUCGUGAUAUUUUGUCAGGAUUUGUUAGAGGCUUAGAUCUUGUAGUUUUUUAAUUGGCUGAAGCAUAUAUGUAUAGAUAGAUAUGUAUAUGCUAUUCUGUAUGUGGGUUGUUCCUUGUUAAUCUGUGCUCUUGCAUUGUGAUAUGCAUGAAGUUUGUCUGCAGCAUAUAGCACGACAUAACAGGGAAUGUGAUAAUUUAUGUGAACUGCUUACAUAUCUGUGGAUUGGAAAACCUAGUGAGCUUUGAGGUGCCGUGGUGGUGGUGGUAUUUAUUAUGCAUCCAAAAAAAUUAUCAUGAAAAUUACAUUAGAAAUGGACUUGUGUGGGCGGAUUUAUUUUGAAUGUGGCUCAUAUAGUACACCAAGUUUGAA